AUGGCUGACCAGGAUCGUGUGUCCCAGCUGGUGAUCGGCAUUUUCAAGUCCCCCACCUGGAUCAUCCCCAUCUCGCAAUUUGUGGACCAGAACUGUUUAGUCUUCGAGGAUCAGGAGGAGAACAAGUUGGAAUACACCUUGGUCCACAACUCCUUCAAGCAGUUGGUGGAGGACCUCCUUGCAGCUCACCUGGUGGAGAUGGACAUCAGCACUGAUGAAUUCAACAGCUUCUGUGAAUAUGGACUGUCUGGGAGCAACGAACUUCACCGGAGCCUGGUGGAGCAACUGAUCAGUGUUGAGGACUUUCUGGUGUUCAAGGCCAUGAUGCUAAAGCGCAACUCUGAGCUCACCAGAGAAGCGUUGAACCCUGUGAGCUAUGUGGUUGUUGCAGAUGAGCCGGGUCUCCCACCGCCACCACUCGCACCUCCGGGAGAGACCGAGGUGACCAGCGGUCCAGCCAUCAGCGAGACCGAGGCCGAACGCCUCAUGCGGCUCGAGGCCGAACAGCGCUGUGUCGAGGCCGAGCUGCAGCUCGCAGUGGCACUGUGA